GGGUGUGACCCGCGCGGGCCGCCGUAGUCAGCUGCUGCGGCAGGAAGUGUCCCGGCGCGGCGGAGGCUGCACUAUGGCUCCGGACCCCUGGUUCUCCACAUAUGAUUCUACUUGUCAAAUUGCACAAGAGAUUGCUGAAAAAAUUCAACAAAGAAACCAGUAUGAAAGAAAUGGUGAAAGUACAACCAAGCUUACCGUGACAAUCAGAGCUUUGUUGCAGAAUCUGAAGGAAAAGAUCGCCCUUUUGAAGGACUUAUUGCUAAGAGCUGUGUCAACACAUCAGAUAACACAGCUUGAAGGGGACCGAAGACAGAACCUCCUGGAUGAUCUUGUAACUCGAGAGAGACUACUCCUGGCAUCCUUUAAGAACGAGGGUGCGGAGCCCGAUCUCAUCAGGUCCAGCCUGAUGACGGGAGGGGCUAAGCGAGGCGUACCCAACCCUUGGCUCUUUGAGGAGCCGGAGGAGACCAGAGGCUUGGGUUUUGAUGAAAUCCGGCAACAGCAGCAGAAAAUCAUCCAAGAACAGGAUGCAGGCCUCGAUGCCCUUUCUUCUAUCAUAAGUCGCCAAAAACAAAUGGGGCAAGAGAUUGGGAAUGAACUGGAGGAACAAAAUGUUGUUUCACUACAGCCGUUUAAAUCACUCUGAAAAGAACAUGCCUGAGAUUUCUCCAGUUUAAAAACAACAACCUGAAGUAAUAACACUCUGCUUAUUAUUGAGGAAGUGUUUUUGGUGAGAAAGGAGAGGAAAUUGCAUGACUUCGGGGAGAAGAAUAAUUCUGAAUCACUGCGUGGUGGAGAAUAUAUUAAACCUAAGAGGCUCGAGGGCAUGACCCACAGUGUGUGUCUAGGAGGCUGAGACGGGCACCAGAGGGCACCUGGGUUCUGCAGCUGGCCCCUGUCCCGGCUGCCACGUUCAUUGGAACGUUCAUUAUGUGCCCACUCCUGACACUCUUCACUGAAGACACGUACUUGAACUUGCUCAGCACUUCAAGCCCUCCAGGAACCUUAGAAAAAUUGUACUUGGUUUGAUUUCAUAUUUAAAGGCCCUUCUUUGCUUCCUGUGCUGUUUUGUAAAUCUAAAGGGAAAGUUGUCUCGAUGUUCAGCUGUCCUUACUCAGCCUACUCGUGUCUAAGUCUGAGACCUGAGCUAAGGAUUGUACCCAGCAGUAGACGUUUGCCUGUGUCAUAAGUGUAUUCCUAAAAUAGUCACACGCACAUCAUAAUUGAAAGAUCGCAGUUGCAGAUCACAAUUUAAAUCCCUUAGCAUACCUUUUUAUUUAUAGGAAUACCGUAGAAAAUCUUUUUCUAA